UGUAUAUGACUGAUAACUGGAAAGAACUUUGUGACCGACGGAAACAAAAACGUGAUCGUUUGAUUUCGUGCAAGAAUACGAAGCGAAAAUUGAACGAAAGUCUGAAGUUCGUUUCCCAGCUUUUUCCUGACGACUUCAAAGAUUUAGAGCUACGCAAUGAAAAUAUUGAAAUCCCCAAAGUAACGUCAUAUCCUCUGGAAAUGGAAAAUGAACUGGAUUUGAUGCGUUACCUACUGAAAGACGAAUUGAAGCUGCCUAUAUCUGUCGAGGAUAUUUGUAGAUACUUCAAGGAAACCAUAAGAAUCGAGGUUUCCAACCUUCAAGGAAAGGUUUGUUCAACUUUAGAAAAGUUAGAGUGUCAAAAUUUGCUCAAGUUUCAUCAGGAUUUGAGAGUUGUUACAUUUGUGAACUUCUUCGCACUGAGAGAUGUUUAUCAAUACAAAGAAGAAAACUUGGACGAUACAGGGCCUAGCAGUGAAGUGGAUAUGUCUUUUUCUGGAAAACGGAAACUGACCGAAGUUUUCCCAGAUAUACCACCGAAGUCGCCUAGAAAUGAGUAUGUCGAUUACUGGAAAGAUAAAGCACAAGAGCUAAUUGCUCAUAAAAGCUUUAAACAACGUCAGCAUCACGAAACAGCGAGACAAAUUCAUGAUUUAAUCUCAACCCCAACAGCGAAAGAAACGAUGCAGCUCGAAAAAUUCAAAUGCCAGAAACAGAGAAUAAUCGAAUUCUGUACAUAUUUAACUUUGUUCGAAUGUAAAAGACAGCAAAGAAUUGCAAUAUUCAAAGCGAAGAGUCCUACUAAAUAUACAUUUUGUCAUAAACUGCAUUAUAGGCCCGUGAACAGUGCGUCAACCGAGCGAAAGUUGGGUGAUUGUUCUUUCUUGAACACCUGUUUUCACAUGGAAACUUGCAAAUAUAUACAUUACGAAUUGGACUUGAAUGAACAUGAGCUGAAAAAGUUCAUGGAUCGAGAUCGGAAAAAUGUUGAAAGAAGUGCUCCCGACAAAUCGAUUGUCAUCUACCCGCCUCAGUGGAUCCAAUGCGAUGUCCGUUCUUUUGACAUGACGUGCCUGGGCAAAUUCUCAGUUAUCAUGGCCGAUCCACCCUGGGACAUUCAUAUGGAACUACCUUACGGCACUAUGUCUGACAAAGAAAUGAUAGCUCUGCCCAUUCCUCAUUUGCAAGAAGAGGGUUUCAUUUUUCUCUGGGUAACUGGGCGGGCUAUGGAGAUCGGAAGGGAGUGUUUGAAACAGUGGGGGUAUACGAGGUGUGAAGAUUUGAUUUGGGUGAAGAUCAACCAACUGGGAAAACUCAUUCGAACUGGACGAACAGGGCACUGGAUUAACCACGGGAAAGAGCACUGCCUGGUGGGAAUUAAGGAAAACCCAGCUGGUCACACCAGAUGUUUGGACACAGAUGUUCUUAUUUCCGAAGUGAGGGAGACAUCACACAAGCCAGACGAGAUCUAUGGUCUGUUGGAACGUCUUUCUCCCGGCACUCGCAAACUGGAGCUGUUCGGCCGCAUGCAUAACACCAGACCCAACUGGAUCACACUGGGAAAUCAGACAGACGGAGUGAACCUCAUGGACCCGAAAGUGAUCAGGGACUUCAGGAAGAGAUAUCCGGAUGGGAAUGCACUGAGACCGAGAAGACGCGAAGACUUUUCUGGAUCGCACGACUAAAAACUCCUGAAAUAACUUAAAAUUUAAGUUUUUACUUCUGUUGAAUAAAAAUUUUUGUUUAGUUGUGGGUCUAUAAAUAUAGUGAAGACUGUUAUAUAGGCCUUGAUAAUUUUU